AUAAGAGUAUGCCAAAGGCUAAGACCGUUAGUUAAAAUCAAGAAGUAGCAAUUGAAAUAGGUAUUUUCAUCAAAAACCACGAUUUUUCUUCUUAGCUUUCCCGGGAAAAUUCUACAUAUUAAAGCAACUUUCUUUCUCUUUAAACUUCGUUGAAUCAGUCAGAGAGUGUCCAUUUCGCGAUUUUUUUAGCUGGGUUUUCGACAUUUUUCCGGAAUUUUGAUUCGUUUCGAAGAAUUGGGAACGAAAAGACGAGAUUUUUAAAGUGAUGGAUGAGAUGACGGCGACGUCUGUUACGGUGGUGAGAAAUUCGUCUGUGUCUUCUUCGACAAUCUUUACGAAUUUCCCUCUUAUCUCUGCUUUUCUUGCUUUCGUCAUGGCUCAGACCAUCAAGUUCUUCACUGCCUGGUAUAAAGAAAGACGAUGGGAUCUCAAGCAACUUGUGGGGUCUGGUGGAAUGCCAUCGUCUCAUUCUGCAACUGUUACUGCUCUUGCUGCUGCCAUUGGGUUCCAAGAAGGCUUUGGAGGAUCGGUGUUUGCGAUUGCGUUGAUCUUAGCGUGUGUUGUCAUGUAUGAUGCCACUGGUGUAAGACUACAUGCUGGACGCCAAGCAGAGGUCUUAAAUCAAAUUGUUUAUGAACUUCCUGCUGAGCAUCCUCUAGCUGAGAGCAGACCACUGCGUGAACUUCUUGGUCACACCCCUCCGCAGGUUGUUGCUGGUGGAUUGCUUGGAAUUGUCACAGCAUCUAUGGGCCAUUUGCUUAUCGUUCUGACUGGCCAAACUUGAUGACAAAGAAUAUACCAUUUAGUAGCAUCUUUCAGGGAUGGAUCUUCAUGAGUCUUUUGGACAAAUACGUCUCAAAGAAUCAUAACAAAACAUACAUGGUUUGUUCAGGUUUAAAUAGGAAAACCCCCCCUUUUUGUCCAUUUUAUAGCAUAUUCUUGGGUCAGAACUGUUCUUUACUUGUACAAAAACUAGAAUUGGUUAUUGGUAAAUGUAAUUCCAUUAAUUUCUGGUUUGAUU